CAAACUCUAUCACAAUUUUAUACGUGUGUGUUUGGGUACGGCUUGGGCUCUGGCGUGUGGUUCAGCGCAUAUAACGUGUGGGUGAUUGAGAUAUGGCAGCAAAACAGCGCACCCGUACUCCAACUCUCGCAAUUUAUGUACGGAAUCGGCACUAUAUUUGGACCCCUUAUAGACCAGCCCUACCUCACCGGUGAACUCAUACACAGCCUCAACAACGCCGUCAUCAACACCACUGAGAAUAUCACCGACGAUCACAUUAUGGACGUAGUGCUCGGCCACGAUGUCAGCCACCGGCGUAACAAACUUCACACACCUUUUCUUAUAAUCGGUUGCCUCGAGUUUAUCGGACCAAUACUGUUGCUGACCAUGUAUUUCAUAAAGCCGUACAGCAGUGAAGCCGCCCCACCGGUCACUACCGCCCCGUCGGCCAAUGAUAACCCCAAAUCAGUGACCACUACUCAGCCCAACAACCAGAAGAUCGCGGUGUUUAAGAGCACUCAAGUGAGACACAGUCUUCUGGUGGCCCUGUUGUCCAACUUUGUGGCCGUAGUGUUUGUGUCGGACAAUAUAUACCUGAAGUUCAGCGCCACAUACUUUCAGUACAUACCGUUGCAGCUAAACGCUAGCGAAUCCGCCGCUCUGGUUGUCCAGAUGGCCAUUGUUUAUACCAUUGGUCGAGCCAUUACUGUAAUCAUAUCAUUGAAACUUAAGCCUCAGACCAUUAUCUCCUAUCAUAUGGUGGCGCUUAUGAUAGCAAUGGCGGUACUGUCUGUCGGUCACGACCGGUACGACACCCUAUGGUUGGGCGCAAUGAUGAUGAGUUUCGGCUUCUCAGCCCUAUUGCCGGCCAUUUUUGCGUUUGUGGGACAAUAUGUAGAGGUGAACAACAAAUUGGGCACGGUCAUUAUAUUCAAUUGUGGCAUUUUAAACGCAUUCAUACCAUUCAUCCUGGGCUCAUACAUCGAGAUCUAUCCCAACAUUUUUCUAUCAAUAAUCAUGAUUAAUUUUACAAUUGCAUUUGCCCUCCUCGCCACUAUCCUAUUUUUGACAAACGUGCUUGAUGAGAUCAAUAUUAUUUGA